AUGGUACUUGAUAUAGAACCCAAACAAGAGCUUAACGACCUUCAAGAAUCACUUGUCAACUUAGGACAAGACUUAUGGAAAACUUACGCAAAUCUUGGAUCAAUUGCGCAAUACUGCAAGUUAGAACGGAAUAUGAGAUACAUGUGCGAAAGACUUGGAUUAAUGGUAACCAUGUAUGGCCUUAAAAAGAAAAUUGAUUAUAAAUUGGAGGAUCCUGAAUUAGAAACUAACUUUACUAUCACCGAAUUUAUUCCACGAAGUAUUAAAUAUAGGAGUCAGGAACCAUUAUCUUCUCAUUUGACAUUUGAAACUUUACGAGGCUCAUUACACUGUAGAUUGCGUAAAAAAGAUUUCUCAGAAGAGAUUGUCAAUGACGGUUGUACUGAAGUAACUGUUAAAGCACUUAUUGAUCCCAAAUUCUUUCAUGGAAGCAUUAGUAAGACGCUUGCCAAAAAAAUGGAUUUAUAUAUUUCUAGAGAAUAUGGGUCAAGAUAUCCUGCAGUAAGAGACCUUGGCAUUGGCGCAACAAAUGCUGGCAAGAAGGGGAUGGAUACAGCAAAUUUUGUAGUUAUUGACAAAUCUGAAUAUGAUUUGGUUUUAGGAAGUGUAUGGCUAAUGCAUACAGGAUAUGCUGUUGACAGAGAUCAAAACCCACCAUGGUACAUUAAUAAACCUAAAGAGAUCGAAGACAAGAAAGGGAAAAAAGUCGAUAUCGUUAGUCAUUUGUCUUCAGUUGAACUAGAUCUCGAAGUAUCCAUGGAACAAGAUGAUAAGCUGAUUCCGGAGGAAUCAUUAGAUAAAAAUCAAAUUGUAGAACAGGGUCUAAUACAAGAACUGUGUGGUACUUUUGGCGCCUGUUCAUCCAUAUCCACUGAAAACAAUGUCAGCUCUACAGAUACUAAUUCCUCUUGCAAAGGAUCAGAGAAUAUGAUUUCGGAUGAAGUAAUCCCGAAAACCGUUCCCUCAGGGAACGAUCAAAAUCAUGUGACUUCAAAAACUAUUCAAACUAAUGUAUUUACCAAAUUUGAGGUAAGCGUCCCUACCACACCUGUUCCUUCAACCCAUGUCUCUAAUUCUUCAAGUAAGACGAAUCCGGACAAUAUUUCCAUAACUGAGGUAACCAAUCCGCUCAAAGCUGAGGACGAUUUGCCCAAAUCUCCAGUAAGUAUACCAUCCACAUCUUCCAUAGAGCGUUUUCCUUAUCUAUCCUUGGAGUAUAGUGAGAGUUAUGGCGAUAGAUUUAUGUUUAAUAGUUCAGUACCUUGUCCCAUGUGUAAUAAAGAUCAUGAAGGCGAAAAUUUAAAGGGUGAAUGGGGUUCUGGUAUAUAUAUUGGAGAACGAGCUUAUUACCUUGAAUGCAGGAAAGCUUUUAAUAGUGGAAUUCCAAUAGUUCACAUGAGUGUCUUAGAGAGUGGAUCACCGCCCGGGGUCGAAGGCUAA